AUGAUACACAUAUUGUUACUGGUUAUGUGUUUGGUGACCAUUAUUACUGGUCACAGAGAUCAUGGUAUGCAGAGUGGGUUGAAAGAAGAUUUGGAAUUGGAGAGGCAAUUAAACAUCCUUAACAAGCCUCCUAUAAAGAGUAUUCAUACAAAGUCAGGAUAUAUAAUUGAUUGUGUUGACAUUAACAAACAACCUGCUUUUAAUCAUCCUUUGUUAAAAAAUCACAAAUUACAGAGAAAAUCAAUUUUUGAAAGAAACAUUAGUGAAACUAGAGGUCAAUCAAGCGCAAGUCAUUUAUAUGUUAAAAGAGGAGAAGGAGAUAACAUUGACAAAAUCUCAAUCGGAUGGCAUGUGUUUCCCGAAUUAUAUAAUGACAACCAAACACAUUUAUACUUGUUUUGGAUGUCAGGUAAAAAUGGAUGUUUUAAUAUGUUAUGUAAAGGUUUCAUUCAAGUUGAUAGAUCAUACACUUUUGGUGCACGUAUAUCUAUAACAUCUACUUUUGGCGGAACCAUAAUGGAAAUGCCACUUCAAAUUGCACAGGAUAAAGGAGGCAAUUGGUGGUUAAAAGUGUUAAAUAAGGAUGUUGGAUACUUUCCUGCAGCUUUAUUCUCCUCAUUCAACGGAGCUGAUCAAGUGGGAUUUGGUGGAUAUACUGUAACUCCUGCGGGUACUGAUAGUCCUACAAUGGGUUCCGGACACAAACCUGAUGGUGACUUCACUCAUGCAUCUUAUUUUAGGUUUUUGAAAUUUUUGAAUAAAAUUCAAAAACAUUUUGAUCCUCUACCAUUUAUGGUAGGAAUAGACAAUGAUGCACCUAAUUGUUAUGGUGUUACGAACUAUGAAGAUAGAAAAAGAAGUAACGGAUAUUCUAUUCAAUUUGGAGGACCGGGUGGUAAAUGUAGUAAUUAA